AUGAAGCAAGUUGCCCAGGGAUGCUGCAGAUUCUUCUUUGGGGUUUUCAAGUCUAACCCACUUAUUCUGUCCAUCCCGCUUUUCCUCUUGCUUCCUUGUGCUUCCCCCACUCUAGUGAGGCUGGAUAAGCUGUCUGAAGUUGCCAAGCUGAACACAAAUGCCAUCCGCUCUGCCCAGGAGGAGAUUUCUGAAUACCGCCGGCAGCUCCAGACCAAGCUGACAGAACUUGAAGCCCUCAAGGGAACCAAGGAAUCUCUAGAGAGGCAAAGACAAGACACAGAAGAGCGCCAUCAGAUUGAUGUUACAUCCUACCAGGAAACCAUACAGCAGCUGGACAAUGAGCUGAGGAACACCAAGUGGGAGAUGGCAGCUCAGCUUCGAGAGUAUCAGGACCUGCUGAAUGUCAAAAUGGCCCUGGAUAUAGAAAUUUCUGCUUACAGAAAGCUCCUGGAAGGAGAAGAAUACCGCAUCGGAGUUGGGCCAUUCCCCUUCCCCGAGAUGCUUCCUAAGACUCCCAGCAUCCCUACCCACAUAAAAGUGAAAAGUGAGGAGAAGGUCAAGGUGGUGGAGAAGUCUGAGAAGGAAACUGUAAUUGUGGAGGAGCAGACGGAGGAAAUCCAGGUAACAGAAGAGGUGACGGAGGAAGAGGAGGCUGAGAAGAAAGAGGAGGCUGAAGGGGAGGAGGAAGCAACUGAGGCAAAAGAGGAAGAAAAGGGAGAAUCUGAAGCAGAAGCAGAGGGUGAGGAAGAGGAGACCAAACCCCCAGAAAAGGAGGAGGCCAAGUCCCCAGCUGUCAAAUCCCCUGAGAAACCUGCAUCCCCCACAAAGGAGGAGGCCAAAUCCCCUGAGAAACCCACACCCCCCACAAAGGAAGAGGCCAAGUCGCCAGUGGUCAAGUCCCCUGAGAAACCCAUAUCCCCCACAAAAGAAGAGGCCAAGUCCCCGGUGGUCAAGUCCCCAUCCCCUACAAAGGAAGAGGCCAAGUCCCCGGCGGUCAAGUCCCCUGAGAAACCUGCAUCCCCUACAAAGGAGGAGGCCAAGUCCCCUGAAAAGGUCAAGUCCCCCACAAAGGAAGAGGCCAAGUCUCCAGCAGUCAAGCCCCCUGAGAAACCUGUAUCCCCUGCAAAGGAAGAGGCCAAGUCUCCAGAGAAGGCCAAGUCCCCUGUGAAGGAGGAGGUCAAGUCACCAGAGAAAGAAGCUGUCCCCAAGAAGGAACCCAUCAAAUCACCCCAGAAGGAAACAAAGGCACCUGUGAAAGAAGAGAAACAAGUGGAGAAAGAGGAGAAAGCCCCAGCCAAGCCAAAAGCUGAGGAAAAGGAAGAAAGCAAGAAAGAGGAGGCACCCAAAAAGGAAACCCCAGCCAAAGAGCCACACAAACCUGAGGCUAAGGUUGAGAAGAAGGAGGAGGAGAAACCCAAAGAGGAGGACAAGAAGAAAGCUGCUGCUCCUGAGCCUUCUGCCCCUGAAAAGAAAAAGGAAGCUGUGAAGGCUGAGGAGAAAGAGGUAAAGGAGAAGGAACCUCCCAAACCAGCACCAAAACCCAAAGACGAGAAGGUGGAAGAGAAAGCUGCUAAGCAGGAGCCUGAGCCCAAACCACAGGAAGCUAAAGCCAAGGAGCCCAGCAAACCAGCAGCAAAGGAGACAGAAAAGCCAAAGGCUGAGAAGAAGGAAGAACCAAAGAAGGAAAAGGCUGAGCCCAAAAAGGACCUGGAGGAAAAAACCAAAGCUGAAGCUAAACCCAAAGAAGAGGCAAAGGCUGCCAAGGCAGAACCUAGCAAAGAUACCAAGGACACCCCCAAAGUAGAAGCACCCAAAGAAGUACCUGAGGUUACCAAACCCAAGGCAGAGAAAGCAGAAAAGUCCUCCAGCACAGAGGCAAAAGAAAGCAAACCCACAGAGAAAGCUGCUGCUCCUGAUGACAAAGCCAAGAAGAGUGAGAAGUGAACAAUGGCGCUUUGGACAUGUAAGGAGGUGGGCCACCAAAGAGAGCUGUGAAGCUUUCCCUGAUCUGUGACUGAACAUGCUUUUUUUCCCAAAAGAUGAGACUUUGCUUAGGUGAUGGAUGACCUCCUUUGUCUGAGCUGGAACUUACCUUAGCAAUAUGUUUAUGUGAAAGACAAAAACAAAUACCUGAGCCUACUCAACUGGUGGUUCAAAUAUGUUAUGAUAGCUUCAGUAGCAGAAUGUGAUAUAUGCAGAAUGCCACAUUUAAACACUUGAAUUAUUAAGAAAAACUGCCCCUUUUCAAAUAAGUGCAUUUAUCUAAUGUAUGUGCAAUUGAUGGACAAAUGCAAUAAAGAAUGUACACAGUUAGAGCUCUAUUAUGCUUGGGAGAUGUACAGUAGAUAGGAAACUCAAGAGUUGUAAAUGCCUUUUCAUUUUACAAAUGGAACAUAAUUUCUCACUUGUAGCCUACACAGACUGUAGCUGACAUGAAUGGAAUCAGGUUAGACACUGCAGAACUCCACACAGAUAAGAAGUGCACUGGACAAACUCAAGUCCACUUUCAAUUGCUUAUGUGCAAUAAAACAAAUAAAGUGCUUACAGACAAAACCA